CCGCCGCCUCCAUUUUGUCGGUAGAGGCCGAAGGAGGAGGUCGGGUCGGGACGGUGAGGUGGCUAGCAGCUAGCUCGUCGGCGCUCGUGGGCCUUGUUCGUUCCGUGCCUCAUCGCUCCCUGGGAGGGGAGGGGGGCUUCGCCGCCUAGAGGAGCCGCCGCGCCCGGGGCCCGAGCGUGAAGUCGCUAGGACUUCUCUCAAACUUGUGUGCUGAGGAGACUCAGAUGUUGGCCUCAGCGCCUAGGCUGAACUCGGCAGAUCGGCCCAUGAAAACUUCUGCAUUGAGACAAAGGAGAGGAUCUGUCAGAAAGCAACAUCUGUUAUCCUGGGCUUGGCAGCAAGGAAGGGGACACGUAGUGGAAAUCCUGCGCUCUGAAAAGCAGACUGAAAGGUGACAAAGAAGCUGAAGAUGGGUGGCGGAGAGAGGUAUAACAUUCCAGCCCCUCAAUCUAGAAAUGUUAGUAAGAACCAACAACAGCUUAAUAGACAGAAGACCAAGGAUCAGAAUUCCCAGAUGAAGAUUGUUCAUAAGAAAAAAGAAAGAGGACAUACUUAUAACUCAUCAGCAGCUGCAUGGCAGGCCAUGCAAAAUGGGGGAAAGAACAAAAAUUUUCCAAAUAAUCACUCUAGCUUAUCAGGUCCCAGCUUGCUUUUUAAGUCUCAAACUAAUCAGAACUAUGCUGGAGCCAAAUUUAGUGAGCCGCCAUCCCCAAGUGUUCUUCCUAAACCACCAAGCCACUGGGUUCCUGUUUCUUUUAAUCCUUCUGAUAAGGAAAUAAUGACAUUUCAACUUAAAACCUUACUUAAAGUACAGGUAUAAAAUAAAGUGCUAAUGUUUAAAUUUAGUUACAUUUAAGGGUAGUUGUCAGUUGUUUCAGACCAGAUUCACUAGGGAAUUAAUCUGUUUGUGUAAAACUGCUAAUUAACAUAGAAAAAUAUAAUUAGACUUCAUCUCGUUGUGUUGUGUGCACUGUGAUCUAAUGGUAGCAUCAGUGCAACUUAAAAUAUCUGAAUUAUUGAUAAUUGUACUUGAUAUUUUGAUAUUAAGUAUUUUCAAUUUGAAACUCAAGUGAAACCAUUCAAAUUUAGAUUUGGGGAAUGAUAAAGGAAUCGACUUUUUCUACUGCUUGUUGGGGGAAAAUACUAAUUUAAGAUUACCAUUCGUGGACCACUAGAUUAUUUGUUGAAAGCUAGUCAGUCUGAUUAUAAGCAUCUAGUUAAGACACAGGGAUUGAAAACUAGUUGAGUAUUUGAAAGUUUAAUGUCCUAGAAAUACCCAAACCAGUACCAUGCCAACAAUCUGAUGCACUGCUAAGAGAAAAUGUGAAUUUUUCUUAGUUACAUUUUAGUAAACUGUACCGUGGUGAAUGUGGAAAGGGCACUAGGGGCUAUUUAGAUGAGACAGUAUACCCCAGUGGCCCUGUUUCUUACAUACAGUGGGGUAUGUGUUUGCCAACAAAUGCGCCAAAACCAUUUUUAUAGAAAGAAUAUUUGGCGGUCACUGAGUAGCUCUGAAAAUACAUUUUUGUAUUACAGCACCGCACAAGCUAUUCUGACAGUGAUCUGGCCGCAAAUCAUCCCUGCGAAGCUCGCUUAAAGCAGGGAGCUGUAUAAUGUGAAAGUUUAAAGUACCUAGGAAAGAGCCAUGUAAAUACAUGUAAUAAACUUGUAGCAUAUGUAAAGUUUUGUUGGCAUUUAUUCUACAAAAAUAGAAUAUUUUAGUAUGAAUUCGCUGAAUGUAAGACCAUUGACUUUUUUAUACUAUGGCCUAAUUUUAAAGGUCCAAAAUAAUCUGUUUUUAAAGUUUGCCCAUGUGCUAAAGUGCCAGUGAUAUGUAUAAUUGAUUUGGUUGUAAACUAUAUUACAAAGUAAAUCCUAGUGUAAUAAGUUUUAUAUAACUGAAAGGUUUUAAGCUGCUAAAACACUUCCUAUUUUUAAGAGAUGUGAAAUGCAGUAUGGGACUAUUUUUUAUUCCUUAAACCCAAAGAUUAACUAUUAAAGGGUCCUUUCAAAGAUUCAUUUUGGCUGUCAACAAUUUUUGUAACCUAUGAUACAAGUAUAGUGCACAAUGCCAGUGUAUUUUUGUCACCAGUAAGUGUAACCCAUGGGGCCACUUAUACACAUGAUGUCAUUUCUUCCUUGCUACCUUGAUAAUGUUUUACCUACCUUAAAGGUAAAUGCUAAGUGUAACAGUGAACAACCCAGUAGUAAAAGAAUGUGUGUGUGGGAUCAGUUAAAAAUUUGAUCGUUUCUAAUUUGGCAGCGUUUUUUUGUUAUUUUUAUGCAGAAUGGCUAAUAAGCUGUAUUUCUCCAAAUAAAUUCAGAUGAGAUAAUAUUGCCCAAGUCAAACAAUAUCCUAAAGACAAGUUUAUAUAGUACUUAACGUACAUAUACGAAUUUGAAGCAUGAAAUUAAAUAAAAUUGCUUUUCUCCCCA